AUGCUCAUGAAACGGCUUGUUGUAUGUAAUUCGCAUUUGUCGGCUAAAUUCCCAUUUGAGUCGAAGGGUCUGGUGGUGCUUACAGGAAACUCCCAUCCAGAUCUCGUUAAGCGGAUAUGCAAUUAUUUAAAUGUUAGUCCCUGCAAAUCUGUGACUUCUACGCAUUCCAAUAAGGAAAUUAAAGUCGAGAUUAAUGAAACCGUGAGAGGUAGUUCAAAUUGCAGGUUUCUUUUACAACUAUUUGAAGGUCACGAUGUAUAUCUCAUACAGACUGGAACAACAAAGGUGAAUGAUGAAAUAAUGGAAAUGCUGAUAUUGGCAUUUGCGUGCAGGGCUGCGUGCGCUAGGCGGGUUAUCAUUGUUAUGCCUUAUCUUCCGUACUGCAUGCAGAAUAAAAUGCGCAAGCGAGGCUCAAUCACAUGCAAGCUCAUCGCACAGCUGAUCUGCUCAACUGGCAUCGAUCAUGUUAUCACAAUAGAUUUACACUCAAAGGAGAUUCAAGGUUUCUUUGAUGUUCCUGUGGAUAAUCUUCGUGCUUCGCCUUUCCUUAUAAGCUACUUAACGGAGACUAUUCCAGAUCAUCGCAACUGCGUAAUAGUUGCCAAAGAUCCAAAAAGUGUUGCUAGGGCUACAAGUUAUGCCGAACGUCUUCGCGUUUCCUUGGCCGUUAUUCAUGGGGUUGACCGCGAAGACACAGAACAGGCUGAUGGUCGUACGUCUCCUCCACCUAUGGAGAAAGAAAUCAAGGAAUGGGUUUCGAAUGAAGUAAAGGAUGGCUUCUUGUCACAAGACGGAGAAAUUUUGCGGAGGUCAAAUUUAGAGAUUCACAAAGAAUCGGAGGAUUGUCAAACCGACGCACUUUCAUCGAAUAAGCCCGCCCUGUCUCAUCGUGUCCGUUGUCUGACUACUUACGACUCGGGUUUAAUUUCGCCUAGUGGUCUAGAGCCGGAGCCCCUGACCUCCCCGUUUGUGCACAACGCGUGGGGUUUCCUGCCUGCCCUGCAAGAAAAGGAGAAGCCGCCCCUUAGCCUAGUUGGCAACGUGAACGGCAAAAUCGCCAUAAUUGUGGACGACAUAGUCGACGAAGUGGAUGACUACGUCACCGCCGCGGAGCUCCUUCAUUCGCGAGGCGCCUACAAGGCAAGUUGCCCUUAUCCUUCGAGCAUUGUCGUUGUUGUUGCUGUUAGACCUUAG